CACCACCACCACCUCCUGCUUUGUGCCAUAGCCUACGUCAUCGUUUCCAUUGAUCGCCUACUUAGCGUACGUAAAGAAAAAGCGACCAUGUUCCCACAACGGUUGCAGUUCCUUCUAUGGAGGCGCCCGGAUAAGGAGAAAAUAACUAUGCCAGCGAAUCGGCCAGCCUCACCGGCGAGAAAACCAUUGCCGGCACUCGCCUUGCCAGGGAUGUAUCUGGUGUAUAAGUACAAUGAAUAUAAGAGGCAACGACAAGAACAACAUCGACGAAAAGUCACCGAAAGAGAGUUGGAUCACCUGAAUCACAAAAUUGAUAAACUGCUGUCGAAAAUUGACGAACGAGACCUAGAGACAGCUAUUAAAGAAGAAGAAGAAGAAGUGCAUUCCCGUGAGCCACAGUGUGUAAUAUGUUUGGGCGCAAAAGCAACGAUGCAAACUUUCCCCUGCGGACAUCGAGUUGUAUGCCGGAAGUGCUUCAUAAAAACCAUCCAGGUGGCUGUGUCUCAACGAUGCUUGCCCCUAAGGUGUGUCAUUUGUCGAACGCGCAUACUGAAAUUGAGACAGAACCCCAAACCCCAUUCAGACAAGCGAGAAGCGAGUGGUGGGAGCAAACAUGAGAAAAGUGAGAGCAAGUCAACCUCACAUAAAGACAGGAAGAGCGGGAAAUCUGCGCUGGAAAAGUCAGUUAAAUCUGAAGGAAAAUCGAAGUAUUGAGAUAUAUAAAGAUAGAAGGAAAGAAAGAAAGCAAGAAAGAGUGAAAGACCUAAAAGAACUUAAGCAAGGACGAAAGAAACAAAGAAAGAAAUAUAAGCAAAGCUGCAAAUUAUUCCAAACGAAAUACGAAAUAUAACACUAUAAUGAAGAAUGAAUACGACAGACAAAAUAAGGAACGGAUUAAGGAAAAAAUCAAAGAAAACCAAAGUCAAAUGACUGAAACAAUAAAGAAAUCAAAUAAAAGAUUUAAUAAAUAAAUUAAUCAAUAAAUAAUGAAUUUAAAACAACAGAAGUUGAAUUAUGAAAGAUAUAUAAUGUAGAUAAAACAUUUUGAAAGGAAAAUGGUGGAAACUUCAGAGCGAAAGUUACUGAUAAAUGACAAAUUUUUCCUUUCAAAAUUUGAAUGAAAUUUCACCUAGCAUUUUCCAGUGGGAACAUACGAUUAUUAUUAUCAAUGUACUACAACUAUCAAUGACUUUUAUUUACCAUUAUUAUUAUUACUAUUAUUAUUAUUAUUAUGGCUAAGAUGUCUUCAAGUUAAUCGUGAAGUACAAAGCAAAA